CCAUAGAGGCACAUAGCACUCUGGCGAAAGCCAUGAACAGAAUUGGUGCUAAGAGUAACACAGGAGAAGGUGGAGAGACGGAAGACCGUUACCUGCACACCGAUGACCCCUUGGACAACACCCGGUCGGCCAUCAAGCAGGUAGCCUCUGGAAGGUUUGGUGUAACCAGCUCCUACCUGGCCCAUUCUGAUGACUUACAGAUUAAGAUGGCCCAAGGAGCCAAGCCUGGAGAAGGUGGGGAACUUCCAGGAUAUAAGGUCACUGAGGACAUUGCCUCCACCCGUUACUCCAUCCCUGGGGUGGGGCUGGUGUCCCCUCCCCCUCACCACGACAUCUACUCCAUUGAGGACCUUGCUGAGCUCAUCUACAACCUCAAGUGCUCCAACCCAGAGGCUAGGAUCAGUGUCAAGUUGGUGUCGGAGGUUGGCGUAGGGGUCGUAGCUGCUGGGGUAGCCAAGGGUAAGGCUGAACACAUCACCAUCUCUGGUCACGACGGAGGAACGGGAGCUAGCACAUGGACAGGAAUCAAACAUGCUGGGUUACCAUGGGAACUCGGAAUAGCAGAGACUCAUCAGACAUUGGUUCUAAACAACCUGAGGUCAAGGGUCGUCUUGCAGACCGAUGGCCAGCUGAGGACAGGUAAUGAUGUGGUGAUAGCAGCUCUCCUUGGGGCAGAUGAAUUUGCUUUCUCCACCACACCUCUUAUUGUCAUGGGAUGCACCAUGAUGAGGAAAUGCCAUCUUAACACCUGUCCUGUGGGUGUGGCUACUCAGGAUCCUGAGUUGAGGAAGAAGUUUGAUGGUCACCCAGAGCAUGUAGUAAACUAUUUCUUCAUGCUUGCUGAGGAGAUCCGUUCACACAUGGCAAAGAUGGGAUUCAGAACCUUCCAGGAGAUGAUUGGCCGAUGUGACAUGCUUCGACCCGUCCAGGAGAAGACCAAUGGGAAGAGCAAACUGCUCAACUUUGACCAAGUCUUGACCAAGGCCUCUGACCUUCGACCUGAUGCUAACCCCAUCGGAGGUACCACCAAGCAAGAAUUUGCCCUGGAUAAGAGAUUGGACAAUCUUUUGAUAGAAAGGGCAGGAGAUGUCCUUAACGGAGCCAGCAAGCACGUUGAGAUUAACAUGGACAUCACCAAUGAGUGCAGGGCCUUUGGAACGACCCUAAGUUUCCACAUCUCAAGGAAGUAUCGCGAGAGUGGCCUUCCUAACAAGUCUAUUGAGAUCAAGUUGAAAGGAUCAGCUGGUCAGAGCUUCUGUGCUUUCCUGGCUAAGGGUGUCCAUGUGGAACUAGAAGGUGACAGCAAUGACUAUGUAGGAAAGGGGCUUUCUGGUGGGACUGUGAUUGUCUAUCCACCCCGUGAUGUCCCAGAAGGCUUUGUGUCAGAGCUAAACAUCAUUGUAGGCAAUGUGUGCUUGUAUGGUGCUACAAGUGGCAAGGCAUUCUUCAGGGGAUGGACUGCUGAACGCUUCUGUGUCAGGAACUCAGGAGCUCUUGCCAUAUGUGAGGGUGUAGGAGACCAUGGCUGUGAGUAUAUGACGGGAGGUAGGGCCAUCAUUCUAGGGGCUACUGGAAGGAACUUUGCUGCUGGAAUGUCUGGUGGUAUUGCCUAUGUAUACAAUGUUUGGAAUGAUUUCUAUCCAAAGUGCAAUACAGAGUCGGUUGUUCUCGAGCCACUCGUCAAAGACAUUGACAUUACCUUCCUCAAAGAGAGUCUCGCUGAGUUCAUCUCGUACACUGGGUCAAAGGUCGCAACAAUGAUACUAGACAACUGGGAAACGGAAAGCAAACGAUUUGUAAAGGUCUUCCCCAAUGAAUACCGUAGAGCUCUCCGAGAGAAGAAAGCCAAGGCACUUGCAGAGGAGAAAGCCAGGAAGGAGGCGGAGCUUCUGCAGAAUGGCCUAGCAAAUGGCACCAAUGGCCACGCCUCCAAUGGUGAACUGACCAAUGGUGUAAAUGGAUCAGGAGAUGGAAGGCAUGUGAAGGAGGAGCCCAAGGUGAUAGAUAUCGAGUCAACGAUCCCAGACGUUGACCAGGAGAAGAAGACCAUUCAGAGGGUCUUAGACAAGACCAGAGGCUUUGUCAAGUAUGGAAGAAACAACGACCAGUACCGUAGUGUGGAGGUUCGUAUGAAGGACUGGGGUGAGAUCUACAACCACCGAGGAGUCAAGAAACAACUCAAAGUACAGGCAGCAAGGUGCAUGGACUGUGGGACGCCGUUCUGUCAGGCACACACUGGAUGUCCGCUAGGUAACAUCAUCCCCUCCUGGAAUGACCUCGUCUUUAAGGAUCAAUGGAAGGACGCCCUCGAGAGGCUUCUCGUCACCAAUAACUUCCCAGAGUUCACCGGUAGAUGCUGUCCUGCUCCCUGCGAGGGAGCCUGUGUACUAGGCAUCAACGCCCCACCUGUCACCAUCAAGAACAUAGAGUGCGCCAUCAUUGACCACGCCUUUGAGCAGGGAUGGAUCCGCCCCGAGCCCCCUCUCCAUCGGACGGGCAAGAAAGUAGCUGUCAUUGGUAGUGGACCGUCCGGUCUGGCCGGAGCCGCUCAGCUCAACAAGGCCGGUCAUCAAGUGACCGUCUACGAGAGGAAUGACCGAUGCGGUGGCCUGCUGAUGUAUGGAAUUCCAACGAUGAAGAUGGACAAGAGUGCUGUUGAACGAAGAAUAAAGCUCAUGGAAGAUGAAGGAGUGACGUUUGUGACCAAUGCCGAGAUAGGAAAGAAUGUCAACGGCUGGGAUCUGAUGAAGGAGAAUGAUGCUGUCUUACUGUGCAUGGGGUCAACCAGGCCUAGAGAUCUGCCAAUACCAGGUCGUGACCUCGGUGGAAUCAAGUACGCUAUGCAGUUCCUUGAACCAUGGCAGAAAAGACAGAUGGGUAACCAGUCUGAUUACAUUGACGCAAAGGGCAAGGAUAUUGUUAUUAUUGGAGGAGGUGAUACUGGUGUGGAUUGUAUCGGUACUUCACUCAGGAUGGAUGCCAAGUCAAUCACCACCUUUGAGAUCUUGACGGAGCCCCCUCCAAGCCGAGCUUCAAACAACCCCUGGCCAACGUGGCCUCGUAUCCUCAGAGUAGAUUACGGUCAUUCUGAGGUCAAGCUAAAACAUGGACAGGACCCAAGACACUUUGAGAUACUCAGUGAGGAGUUCCUUGAUGACGGCCAAGGUAACGUGUCAGGAAUCCGCACCAUCCAGAUCAAAUGGACCAAGGACGCAACUGGACGCUUCAGUAUGGAGAAGAUCCCUGGAACCGAGAAGAUCUUCAAGGCAGACCUGGUCCUGCUUGCCAUGGGCUUCCUUGGACCGGAACAGAGCCUGAUUGAGGAGCUAGGAGUGGACCAGGAUCCGAGAUCCAACAUCCAGACCCCGAACGGGAAGUACCACACCAGUCUCGACAAGGUCUACGCUGCUGGAGAUUGUCGUCGGGGCCAGUCCCUGGUCGUGCACGCCAUCAACGAAGGUCGCCAGGCAGCUAGGCAGAUAGACCUGGACCUGAUGGGAUCUACCAGCCUAGCUGGACCCGGAGGGGUGGUCUACACGCCCGGAACCAAGCUGUCCAACUGCAAGGAUAAGCUGUACCAGCCAAUCAUCGAGGCCAUGGCAUAAUUAACCACCAAGAGGUUUUACGCAUCUCUGUCUGAUCGUACGCACAAGAGAAAUCUAUCGUGGACACUGGACAACCCAGAUUUGGACUCCAAGUGCUUCUAUCAACACCAGGGCUUAGUAAAUAUCACCAAUUUGAAAGAGCAAUUCUAAUUGGUUCCUAGUCAGUCUACUGAGCUAAAUGUGCAUACUACAAUGAUCUUGAUAGGCCAAUUUAUUUAGUGAUGUGUCAUGGGGCCAUGGGGAGCAUUUCAGGAAAGGACUUACUGGAUGUUAUAUCCAACAAUUGACAUAGAAAUCUUCCUCGGCCAAUCGGGAUUGAGGAAAAAUGACCGGUCUUACAAAUAAUUUUGAUGAAACGCUCUCUAUGAUUGGGUAAGUGCUGGGAUAUUUCAUCCCCUGCUGUCAAGAUGAUGUUCAUCGGCGAAGAGAGAGGAAGGGAGGGAGAGAGUGUGAGAAGCCAUUCUGAGACUUUGUUUUAUGCACUUUGAUAUAACACGAUGAUGCGUCAACUUCAGUCUUGUCAUUCAAAGCUGCCAGUCGCUGACAAGAAUUCGUACAUGGACAUUGAAGUGAUGAUUUAUGCGUCCCACUUGGCAAUGGGAAACCAAUGGGACUAGUGGAGUGUACAUGUAUUUCAGACUGACUGAGCUUGAGUCCAGAAGCCUUACUGAGCAGCUAGCUAGCUGUCACAGCUUCAUGAUUUUGCUCAUCAUCUAAGAGAUUUGAACCUCUUCAUAUUAAGCAGGAAGAGGACCAUGACCUCCAAGUGUUUAAGGCCUUGCCAAAUCAAUUUAUGUAAAUGCAUCUGUUCUAGAGUGUGUGCUCAUGGGAAGCAAGAUGGUAUAUCUCUGUCUUGGAAUGUUUGGUAAAAUUGGGAUUACGCAGGGGGUUUCCCCUACUCCCUUGGUUAUUAUGUAUGUGAGUAGUGAAGGAUUUAAACUUUUAAUGGGGAAAAUAUGCCAAUGUUAUUCCCAUUAAAGCCAUUGCAAAAAGUGGGGUACCGGUAGACUUGGGUACAGGUCAUAGGCUUUCCAGCUCAUGUGCUAGAAACACAAGAUGUAUUUCAUGGAAUAAAAAAUACUUAUAAAAUACAUCAAUUUUAGUCUAUAUGAUUGACA